GUUGUCCUUACCAAACCCUCUCGGCUUCAUUGUGGUGAGGAGUUUCAGGUUGUAACGUGUCGCAACAAUCUGAAUCGGCCUUCGGGAUCAUUCAUCUUCCCCGGUUGCCCGGUGUUUGUUCUCGGCGUCUUGUUUGCAUCAAACCCGCGAGUUUACGAUAGAUGAAUUGUCUUUCCAACCCCUGAGAAUUAGCUAAGCACGCUUGACUGAUUUGGGCAGUGGACGGAUAACGGGGUUAUCGAAUAUCAGAUGGCCAACGGCAACACGGAUACCACGACGACAGCCGAAGGGACGUUGGGGGUUGGAUCAGGGGUCCAACAAUCAGCACAAACCUCUCCAGUUGCUGGUUCAUCAGACCAAGAUCUGGAACCAUUGGCAUGUAUGACAUGUCGGAGCCGAAAGCUGAAAUGUGACCGCAUAAAGCCAAUAUGUACACGAUGUGGGACGGCAGGGGGAGAGUGUGUGUAUCCUGAAUCAAGGAGGAAACCGAACUUCAAGCGGCGAAAUGUGAAGGAACUCGAAGAGAGAUUGGCUCAAGUGGAAGGCCUCAUUCGAAGUGUCACCAAGCAGUCCUUGGGCCCUGAUAACCAGGGUGCAAGUGAUGAUGCGAGCGCUACUGCUGCCCUCGAUAAGAUGAGUGCUACCACUAGCUUGGAUGAACUAUCGGAGGAAAUAGUGUCGGGCUCUGAGCGAGCCAGCUACUCGUUUGGCUUUGCAUCUCAUGAAUCAGCGUCUAAAAACGUUAGCCAUGUGGAGGCUGCCCCGGCACCUGACAGAGCAACUUCGUCAAAGCGACCACACUCACCUCAACCUUUUGAUGCACCACGAGUAGGAGGGACUGGAAUUGGAGGCUUCAGUGACGAUCUCAUUGAGCUGGGACGAUUCGAGGGGCUACCACCUAUCGACAUGAUCGAGGAUCUACAUCGAUUGUUCUUCCAUUUUCGGAAGCCAAAGAUCGUGCCCAUUGUUCACCCGGGAAACUACAUGCGAGCAUUCUACUCACCCACUCACAUGCGUCCGCCCAUGUGUUUACAAUACGCAAUCUGGGCAAAUGCGGCAAAGGGACAUCCCAUGUACGACCGUUAUUAUGAUGUCUUCUAUCAUCGUACUCGUCAGUACUUGGAGGCUGAUGAGCUAAAGGGACUGGGCGAGCAUUUUUUAACGCUUCAUCAUGCCCAAGCUUUGGUUUUAACCGCCAUUAAUGAGGCCCGCAGUAUGCUGUUUACCAGGGCCGCAAUGACUGCCGCAAGAUGUGCCAGACUUGUGCACAUGUUGGGUCUUCACCGACUCGAUGACCCCUCAGAAGAUGCAGAAGACUCUGAUGUGCCCGCUUUGCCUCCUCCCAAGAGCUGGGUUGAACUAGAAGAACGUCGAAGAACAUUCUGGGGUGCCUACUGCGCUAACGUCCAUAUCACCAUGAACACUAGGUGGCCCAUCAUGAUUGAUGUAAAAGACACCACAACCCGUCUUCCUGCCUCCGAAGAUGCCUUUAAUACAGGCUCUUACGAAGUCUCGCCCACGCUCCAAGAAGCUUUUGGUGGUUCCUCCUAUUCCUCCUUCGCUAGCAUGGCCGUCAUAGGUUAUCUGUUUAACGAACUACUCAACCAUGUCCACCGAUCAAAGGUAUCGGACCGGCCCGACGACCUUCAAGACGGUCCUUACUGGAAACGCCAUCGCGAGAUCGAUAACAAUUUGGAUGAUGCCUUCAUGUUCUUACCCGACAAGUUUCGACUGCCCACCAACAUCACGGAAACGGUGGCGCUGCAGGUUAAUUUGAGUUUACACGCGUCCGUACUCUGCCUGCAUAGCGCUGCUUGCGACGCGGUAAAGAAGUAUGCGCUCGACAAGCGGCUAGGUGAAAGGAGUAGAGUGAGGAGACUGAAUGCUGCGAGAGAAAUCGUGAAUAUUAUGAGGUUGGCUAGAGAGACCAUGAGCCCUUACAAAACCCCCCUGGUAGCCCUCUCCAUGUACUGCGCUUCCACAGUCUAUAUCGAUCUCGCAAGAGAAACUUUCACAUCCCCCUCGCCAGUUCCGCUCCCGCCCUGGGUGGCUCCUGAGCUCGAAUUCAUCGUCAAUUGUAUGGAGUCCAUCGGUCGGCAACACAUCAUCACACGUGCCUACCUCAACCAGCUCCUCCUCGAUAUUGAGCAAAACGAUGUCAGUGCGUUCUUUAAUCUACCCAACAUCAAGCGGUAUGGAGAUUGUAGCAACGGGAUUCCCCUGCUGGGGAGAACGGCUGUGUCAAAGUAUACGAAAAACGAUGGGAGGCCGGUGGUCCCGAGAAUGAUGUCUAUGGGGGGUGGAGGUAGGAUCAUACCCGAAGAAGCAAGUUGGAGUGGUGGUGGUGGUGGUGGAUGUGGGAUAGCAGUGACGGCGGCGCAAGCCUGUGGUGGCAGUCUGAACGAAAACGGGGGGGCUGCGGCGGGAGUCGCACCACCACCGGAGUGUGAGCUUGGUGCCUGUAGUGGUGGUAUUCAGUGUCCGGGUAGGCAAGGCCAAAAUGGUGACACUACAGGAACUAGCGGCGGAAGUAGCGGUCCUGGUCUCGCACCGGAAGCCAAACGGAGACGAAUCCAUCAGGAACAGCAGCCCUUUCUCGAACGCAUCGACCUUUCCGACUUGUUCAAGUUCGGUAGCUCCGCGCUCCCCUCUCAGUAUCGACAUCGUCAGCCUACAGCAGCAGUACCACCAGAUUUCACCACCGAAAGCAGUGACGAGUUCAACGACGGCUGGGGCCCGGGACCCGCGACUGGUGUGGGACCUCCCUAUUUAAUGAAAUCCAACAGCGACACUUCCCCGCCGGUAAUCCGGCUUCCUCACAGAAGUGUGAACGAUUCAUCCACUGCGAUGUUUGCCGAUAACAGUACCGGUACUGAACCUUCAUGCAUCCCUGUUUUCGACCCUAACCAACAUACCCCGCUAGAGGACAUGACCAACAUGGACCUUUUCUCCAACAUCACCGAAAAGGGAGAAGUGGGAGGGAUGCGAGGGAUAGGUCAGAUCGAUUUAGGCUUGACAGACGUAGUGGUCAAUCCCUCAUUUUUGAGCAAUAGCAACAUCAACAGCAACAGCAAUAGCAACAACUGCAACUACGACGACCUUGGGAACAACAUCAAUACCUGUACUGGCAAAUGCCCUCUACUUGGGAAUAUUGAUGGCAUUAAUGGUAAUGCCAAUGGCGAUUGCAAUCAUGAGACUGCUACAGUUGGGGGGCAUGGAGGAGAUGACGAUGGUGAUGCGUGGAUGCUUCUUACCGACGACGCGGGGAAUUCUGGCACUGGCACCACGACUGGUACGGGUGGUUGGGAUAAUGUGCUCUGA